AUGGAGUAUCACCAUGCCUCAGAGAUGAACGGAGGCGUAGCUGAUUACCUGAUCAUCGAGUCUAAACGUAAUUGUACAUGCAAACAGGAAAAGGAAUCCAAGGAGGCUGCUGAUUCCAAAAAGCUGGCUCUCAUUGAGAACGCUUACAGUACCAUACUGACUGGGCUCGGAGAAGAUGUGGACCGGGAGGGACUUCUACGGACACCACUGCGUGCUGCCAAAGCCAUGCAGUUCCUCACCAAAGGCUACAAGGAAACCACACAAGACAUUUUGAAUGAUGCAAUCUUUGAUGAAAAUCACGAAGAAAUGGUGAUCGUCAAGGAUAUCGAGUUGUUUUCUCUCUGUGAACAUCACCUGGUGCCCUUCUUUGGCAAGGCUCACAUAGCAUACCUACCAAACAAGAAAGUGGUUGGUCUGAGCAAGCUUGCAAGAAUUGUUGAGAUCUACAGCAGGAGGCUUCAAGUUCAGGAGCGUCUGACCAAACAGAUUGCUUCAGCCAUCUAUGAGGCUUUGGAGCCUGCUGGAGUUGCAGUUGUGAUUGAGGCUGUACACAUGUGCAUGGUGAUGAGAGGUGUGCAGAAGAUGAACGCCAGUACUGUUACAAGUGUCAUGCUGGGAAGAUUUCAGGAUGAUAGCAAGGCCAGGAAGGAGUUCCUUGCUCUCACACUGAAGAAGUAA